AUGUCAGCAGCCAAGCUGCUGGCUGAAUCUGGGCUUAGUGUUGUGGUUCUAGAGGCCCGUAACAGAGUUGGAGGAAGGACUUUCACGGUUAAGAACAAGCACGUUAACUAUGUAGACGUUGGUGGAGCGUAUAUAGGACCUACACAAAACCGGAUCCUCCGACUGGCCAAGGAACUGGGUAUAGAGACGUAUAAAGUCAAUGUAGCAGAGCGUCUUAUCCAUUAUGUGAAGGGGAAGUCCUACCCAUUCCGGGGUGCAUUCCCUCCAGUAUGGAAUCCCAUAAUUUACCUGGAUUAUAACAAUCUGUGGAGGACAAUGGAUGAAAUGGGGAAAGAGAUCCCUGCUGAUGCACCCUGGGCGGCCCCACAUGCUGCAGAAUGGGACAAAAUGACAAUGAAAGAGCUGACUGACAAAAUUUGCUGGACCAAAACUGCCAGAGAGUUUGCUACUCUCUUUGUGAACAUCAAUGUUACCUCUGAGCCACAUGAGGUCUCUGCUCUCUGGUUCCUGUGGUACUUGAAGCUGUGUGGGGGGACAACCAGGAUAUUUUCCGUAACCAAUGGGGGGCAGGAGCGGAAGUUUGUUGGGGGUUCUGGUCAGAUUACAGAAAGGAUAAAGGACCGCCUCAAAGGCAGAGUUAAACAGGAGAGGCCUGUAGUUCGCAUUGAUCAGUCAGGUGAUAAUGUCAUCGUGGAGACUCUAAACCAUGAGAUAUAUGAGGGCAGUUAUGUGAUUAGUGCCAUCCCCCCAGGCCUGACUACAAAGAUCCAUUUCAACCCAGAACUACCAUCAGAGAGAAACCAGUUAAUUCAUCGUCUUCCUAUGGGUUCUGUCAUUAAAUGUAUGAUGUACUAUAAAGAGGCCUUCUGGAAGAAGAUGGAUUACUGUGCCUGCAUGCUUAUUGAGGACGAAGAAGCUCCAAUUUCAAUAACCUUAGAUGAUUCCAAACCUGAUGGAUCUGUGCCUGCCAUUAUAGGUUUUAUCCUUACAAGAAAGGCCUAUAGACUUGCACAUGUCAGCAAAGAAGAGAGGAAGAGAAAAAUCUGUGAACUGUAUGCCAAAGUGAUGGGCUCAGAAGAGGCUUUAUAUCCAGUGCAUUAUGAAGAAAAGAACUGGAGUGAAGAACAGUAUUCAGGGGGAUGUUAUACAGCCUACUUCCCACCAGGCAUCAUGUCUCAAUAUGGAAGGACCAUUCGCCAGCCCCUCGGCAGGAUCUACUUUGCUGGCACGGAGACCGCUACUCAAUGGAGCGGGUACAUGGAGGGGGCUGUGCAGGCGGGAGAGAGAGCAGCAAGAGAGAUAUUGUACGAGAUGGGAAAGAUCUCAAAGGAUGAAAUCUGGAUGCCUGAACCAGAGUCGGAGGAUGUCCCAGCCUGGCCAAUCACUACUACCUUUUGGGAGAGAAACUUGCCAUCUGUACCAGGACUGCUGAAGCUCGUUGGAUUUUCCACUUUCUUCACUUCAGUGGCUGCCGUUGGGCUGUUUGCCUACAAAAAGGGGCUGCUAGCUCAAAACUAA